AUGGUUUUGAAUUGUGCUAGGUUGGUGAACAAAGUUGCGGUUGUAACGGGGGGCGCGAGAGGGAUCGGAGCUGCUGCGGCCAAGCUGUUUGCCCAAAACGGCGCUCAUGUUGUGGUAGCGGACAUACUAGACGAUUUGGGAGCUGCACUGGCUGAAUCUAUUGGGGGACGGUAUGUGCACUGUGAUGUGUCCAAGGAAGCUGAUGUUGAAUCAGCUGUUGAGCUCGCACUCGGAUGGAAAGGCCAGCUUGACAUCAUGUUCAAUAAUGCUGGCAUUGCAGGUCCGUCGGGGAGUAUAACCAGCCUUGACAUGGGAGAGGUGCAGCAGCUUCUCGCGGUGAACAUUUUCGGCAAUUUACAUGGAAUUAAGUAUGCAGCAGCAGCUAUGAUCAAAACCAGAAGAAGCGGGAGCAUCAUCUGCACAUCAAGCUCUGCAGCUAUCAUGGGAGGCCUCGGAGGACAUGCCUAUACAUUGUCAAAGGAGUCCAUCAACGGACUGGUGAGAAGCGCGGCAUGCGAGUUGGGAGUCCAUGGCAUCCGUGUGAACAGCAUUUCACCACAUGGGGUUCCUACAGAGAUUCUGGUCACUGCCUACAGAGAGUGUCUUGGGGAGGAUAUACAGGCCGAAGAUGUAGGCAAGAUUGUGGGGGAAAGGGGGAGCUUGUUGCGUGGAAGAUGUGGAACGGUGAAAGAUGUAGCAGAAGCUGCACUGUAUCUUGCCAGCGAAGACUCGGGGUUCAUAACAGCCCAUAAUCUUGUGCUUGACGGGGGUUAUACUUCUGCUACCAGUAGCAUGAGCUUCAUUUAUCAAUCUACCAAUAGACAAUAGUCAUUUAGAU